AUGGCGUCUCCAAGCAAAGUCAGAAAAUCAACUGCCGCCGCCAAAGCUUGGAACAGACACGAACAGUUGCUAGCCAUCAAGCAACUCAUAACUUCACCGCCAAAGCUUGGAACAGACAUGAAGUAUGGCGUCUCCAAGGUAAAAUAUACCAAGGGAAGUUCUCGCCGCCAAAGCUUGGAACAGACGCGAAAAACUUCGGCAAAGUUGCACCCUCACGAAUGGUCGUUUUUGUCGAUCGAAAAUCAUUAUGAACGGCAAAUUUUUAAAGCACAAGUGUCUGAUCUAGGGAUGGGAAAUUAG